AUGCCUUCAAAUAGUGAAGAAGCUAAACUAAGAAAAGGAGAAAUCACAAUUUUCAAAGAAUGGAACACAAGAGCAACAUUAACAAAGCAAUCAGCAACAUUAGAGAAUAUAUUAGACCAAUUAAUAUUAAAGACUUCACAGGAUUCUCAAAACUCAAUCAGUUCAUUAGCGAACUAUCCUGAUGCAUCACCGAAGUUGGAUCAGAGAGAGAUCAACAUAUAUCGAUUGCAAGAGACUGCAAGAGAUUUAUCGAUAGUACUCAAGAAAGAGAUAGGUAUAACAAAUUUAGAGAGAUAUACAAGCGAACUCUACAAUGAUAGAAAAUCUAUUGAUAGAGAAAGACGAGAGAUUGAAAAAGAUUUUGAAAGAGAGAGAAGAGAGCUUGAAAAAGAUUUUGAAAGAGAGAGAAGAGGAUUUGAAGCAGAGCAAGCUAUUAAAUCUGAAAGAGAAGCAGUUAAACGAGAGAGAACAAUCAAUAUCAGCAAAAGAAAUCAACCACAAGAAAGAAGAGAAACAAUUCAUAGGAAUUCCAAUAACACUGGAGAUAGGUCCAAUUUUGGCGGAAAAAUUGAAAUCAACUUUGCAAACGAUAUCGAAAAGAAGGACGUCACCAUUGGACAGCUUAUCCAAGCAAUUAUCGAUGCUCAAACUAGGACUCAGCAAAGCUUGGAAAUAUUUAGAAGAGGUCUUCAGCAAUCAAGAGAAAUCAUUGGUGAACUCGUUGAGUCGCUUAGAGGACUACCUUCAGCCAGUUAA